GAAACACCUCCGUACUGAAAGUACCUCCACAGAUUGGUAAUAGCAGAACAUAUAGCCCUGUCAGGUCUACAGUCACUGCCGUGACGUAGUCUUCUACUAAACCUUUCGUCUGAAUCAAGACUGCGUACCAGACCGAAGAGUCGUCGUCUUUCACCAAUGGCGCUUUCCAGGCUGUUCAUCACCAUCGGAACGCCGAUCAUUUCGGCUGUCAUCUACGUACUUUCAAUCGGUUAUCGACACCGUUUAAGGAUCUCCCGUUUACGCAAGCAAGGCGUGGCAAUGCCUGCCGGUUGGAGCUGGUGGUUUGGGCAUCUUCGCGUUCUAGAUGAGAAGCUCAGUCGAUUACCUCCAGAUGCCAAUGUGUAUAUGGCAAUGGAAGAUCUCGUGAGUGACCAUGCAGCUACCGAAGUCUUCCUCAUGGACUACUGGCCUGUAUUCCAGCCGGUUUUAAUGAUAUUUGGCCCCGAGCUCGCAGUUCAAGCUUCCAUCAGACAUGAUCUUCCAAAACCCCAUGAUCAACAAGAGUCUUUUCGGCCAGUUGUAGGAGGUCCAAGCCUAAUCACCAUGAACAAUGAGCAGUGGCGCAUGUGGAGAUCUCUCUUGAGCCCUGGAUUCAGCGCAUCGCAUAUGCUUAGUCUAGUUCCAACCAUAGUGGAUGCUAUAGAUGUGUUCUGCGAACGCUUGAGGAAGCAUGUUGGUGGUGGCGUGUUCUCACUGGACGAUAUGGCUACUCGGCUAGCUAUGGAUGUCAUUACUAGAACAACUCUUGAUACCGACUUGGACAACCAGCGCUCCGAGCACAAAUUGUCGCAUGCGCUGAACACCAUUCUGAACUGGCAUUCCUUCUGGGACCCUCGCAUCCUACUCAAUCCGCUUCGAAUCCCUGUCCAAUGGUAUUACGGCCGCGUAACAGCCUUAUUCAUCCGUCAAGAGCUCCAGAAGCGAUUCGAGGAAAUGAAGACAGAUAGAGCUACCAUUGGCGGUACACUUGGCCGCGCAAGGAAGGCUAAAUCAGUCAUUGCACUCGCGCUUGAAGAGUAUAUCACUAUGAAGCACGAAACCAACAAAGAAGCGUUUGAUAGCAUGGAGCUCGAUAAGGACUUUGCACAAAUUGCGGCCAACCAGAUCCGGCUCUUCAUCUUCGCAGGGAAUGACUCAACUGCAACUACUAUCGUAUACACAUACCACAUGUUAUUUCAACAUCCCUCUGUCCUCGCUAAAGUGCGCGAGGAGCAUGAUGCUAUCUUCGGUCGUGGUCCCGAUGCCGGUGAUCGCCUUCGAGAUAAUCCUGUCUUGAUAAAUCUCUGCCGUUACACCCUAGCCGUUGUCAAAGAGACUCUCCGUUUGUACCCACCUGCUUCCUCAAUACGCGAAGGUCUUACGGGGGUGUCCUUGACUGAUCGAGAAGGCAACGUGAUUCCCACAGAACAUCUCAAUGCAACCAUCAUGCACCGCUAUGUGCACGUUAACAAACGUAUCUGGCCGCGGCCAAUGGAGUUUCUCCCGGAGCGCUGGCUCGUUGAGCCUGGGCACGAGCUUCACCCACCCUCCGGUGGGUAUCGCCCCUUUGAGCUUGGCCCGCGCAACUGCAUUGGACAGACACUUGUUCUCAAUGAGCUGCGCAUUGCACUAAUCAUGACGGUUAGAGAGUUCUCCAUUCGGCCUGCUUAUGACGAGUGGGAUGCUAUGAAGCUCGCUAACGAGAGCCUGUAUGGGAAACUACUAAGACAGCUGGGCUUGAGGAAGAGUCAUUGUAAAACGGUACUAGGAGAACGCGCGUAUCAAACGUCUAGGGCCGGUGCGCAUGCCGCCGAUGGAUACCCAUGUCGUGUGAGCUUGCUGAAGGCUGAGGCUCACUGUUGCUAAUCCUACAUUGAGCAAUUGAGCGGAGAUCGCACUAAUUGUCAUGUGGUGAACUUUGUUCCCGACUAAAGUAAAACAUAUUGGG